CAUCAACCUCUCAUUCCUUUCUUUUUUAUUUUCGUUCAGUUUUUAUCUUUCCGACUUUUCUUUAUUCUUUCUUCUUUCUUCUUUUUAGUUUGGUCCGAAGGACUCGUUCACAAUCUACCGGUAUUUCUUGUCUGCCGCCUUAGUCGAUGGUUCUCUUUAUCCGCCUUAGCCGAUGUUCUUAUUCAAUCGCCGCCAUAGCCGAUGUUCUCAUUCAACCGCCGCCUUGGCCGACGGUUCUCUUCCGCGGCCUUAGACGAUGGUUCUCUUCUGCGGCCUUAGCUGAUGGUUCUCUUCCUCGGCCAUAGACGAUGGUUCUCUUCCGCGGCCUUAGACGAUGGUUCUCUUCCUCGGCCAUAGACGAUGGUUCUCUUCCGACGCCUUAGCCGAUGGUUCUCUUCCGCGGCCUUAUACGAUGGUUCUCUUCCGACGCCCUUAGCCUAUGGUUUUCCUCAUCCCAGAGAUGCGGCCCAUGAUCUUUGUAGAUGUAUCGGCCAGAUGUGACCCAAUGAAGAUGUCUUUGGAUUCUUAAGCCCAAGCCCAUUGACAUCCCACAGAUAUGACCCAAUGGAAAAGCUUUUGGGAUCCUUAUGCGCAAUUCACCAAUCAGUUUAACCUAGUUGUUACACAGUGUCUGCUCUCUCUCACACCCUCAUUCCCAGAUGGCGAGGAGGGGUAGCUCCCAGCAAAGAAAUGAUCAGCGUAGACUGUCUAAGCAAAGGGCUAUGAGGAUGCAAUCAUGGCGAAAGACAGAGCCCACCCUACUCUGUCCCGUGAUGAAACAGAAAAAAUCCACAUGUUAUGCUAUCGCGCUCGAGUUUCAUCUUAAGCUGAAGAAGAAAAUGCCACUCGAUCAGCACUUGUCCAUCCAAGACUUUAUCAAUCUCAUACCCAAGGGUUAUUUAAAUGCUGAGGAUGGUUCACUUAUGGUAGAUGCCUUUCAUGUGCUUUCUAUCUUUGAAAAGAACGGAAUUCUCCUUGAGAAGGAUUGUCAGUUGACGGAAAGCUUGGUUGAUGUUGUGUGUGAAGAUAAGAAGAAUUGUCUCAGGUACCAUGCAAAGUUAGUGAAAUUGCACAAGUUGAAUCCGGAAGGAAAGGACAAUGUUACCACACUGGAAUACCAUACCUUUCAUGACAACCUUAUUAAACAUUUGAAGAAGGGAGUUCUAGCUGUUGGCUUGACCAUUUAUCCAAGUUAUUCAAAACUGAAGAAUAAGGAAAUAUACUAUCCCACUAAGGCUGAAUGGAAUGGAAAGACUGAAAGUUAUGCACAUGUAAUGGUGUGUACUGGGCACAACUAUGAUGCAAAGAAGAAUCUGUUCUAUGAAUUUCAAGAAUCUGCUGGGGUUAAAGUUUGUGAUCGUGGUUAUGUGAAGAUCUAUGCUGAUUUGGUUUAUCAAUUUGUUGAGAUGGUGGUUUAGAUGAUGGACGACUGAGUUAAUUUGAUUAUGCAGGAUGUGUUUCUACUGCUAACAGAGGUCGUCGGUGUUAUGUGGUUGUUUCCUUUUUCUUUUUGGAACUUCCUAGUCCUUGAACUUUAAACUUCUCUUUAUUUCUCUUUUCUAAUCUGUCUAUCCUUCCCUGAGUAUUAAAACCAAAUUACUUAUCUAUGCAAACGUUUUGCCUUUU